UUUGUCACCUUGUCAGUUUGGCGGAUGGAGUGGAAACUGGAAUACAGAGUGGAGAGUGGACACGAGUAAUUUUGUGGUUAUUUUAAAGUUUUGGUGGUCUAAAUAAAAUAAAUAUGAGUUAUUCCAAGUUCGAUUUAACAUUUAAAAUAGGCCAGUAUUUGGAUCGACAUCUUGUGUUUCCAUUGCUGGAAUUUUUAGCUGCUAAGGAGACAUAUGAUCAGUCUGAGCUGCUGCAGGCGAAGCUAGAGAUGUUGAGUAAAACUAAUAUGAUUGAUUAUGUUAUAGACAUAAGAACUUUACUUUACCCUAAUGAGAAGACUCCUGAGGAUAUCACCACACGAAGAAGUUUUGUUUUGUCUCAAUUACAAGAGUUACAAGAUGCAGUCGAGCCAGUCCUACGACUUAUGCAACGAGAUGAUGUUAUGAAGACUGUUGAAACAAUGAGAGACCCUAAAACUCUUAUAAACUAUUUGACCACCAAUAAAGAAUUUGAGUUCAAAAUAGAGAUGAUUGACAGUAUGUAUUGCUUGGCUAAAUACCGCUAUGAGUGUGGAAACUAUCUGGAGUCAGCUUCAUACCUAUACUUUUGUCAAUUAGUAUUAUCGCCAACAGACAAGAAUUAUCUAUCAGUUCUUUGGGGCAAAUUAGCUAGCGAGAUCCUAGUACAGAACUGGGAUGCCGCUUUGGACGACUUGACGAAGCUACGUGAGUUUAUCGACAACGGUGGCGCGGGCGCUACGGCAAGCAACAUGCAAGCGUUGCAGCAACGCACUUGGCUGGUCCACUGGUCUCUAUUCGUCUUCUUCAACCACGUGAAGGGCCGCGAUCUAAUUAUCGAGAUGUUUUUGUACAAACCACUGUACCUAAAUGCGAUUCAGACAAUGUGUCCACACAUUCUCCGUUACUUGGCGACGGCUGUUAUCAUCAACCGAUCGCGCAGGAAUGCGCUGAAGGAUCUUGUCAAAGUCAUACAACAGGAGGCUUACACAUAUAGAGAUCCAAUCACUGAGUUCAUCGAACAUCUCUACGUGAACUUCGACUUCGAGGCCGCGCGCAGGAAGUUAAGCCAGUGCACUGCAGUACUCUCUAAUGACUUCUUCCUUAUUGCUUGCCUGGAAGAGUUUGUUGAGAACGCAAGACUGAUGAUUUUCGAAACAUUCUGUCGGAUUCACCAAGUCAUAAGCAUAGGAAUGUUGGCGGAGAAUUUAAGUAUGCAACCAGAUGAAGCAGAAUGCUGGAUAGUAAACUUGAUUCGCAAUGCGCGGCUAGAUGCGAAGAUAGAUUCAAAGUUGGGUCAUGUAGUGAUGGGCGCCCAGCCACUGUCGCCGUACCAGCAGCUCGUUGAGAGAAUUGACUCGCUGGCAGUGAGGUCGGAAGCAUUGACAUCAUUGGUGGAGAGGAAACAGAAGACACGUAAUCAAGAUAUCCGCUGGGGAGCACAAGAAUUCUAGAACUGAAAGAUACUAAGUCUCUAUUUGAACAUAAUUGUGGUCAAUGAACAUUUUUUGUAAAGGUCAUAUUAUAAUAUUCACACCAGUAA